AUGGAUAAUGUUGCUCGUGGUGCUAUACUGCAUGGUAUUCCAACAGCCGAUGCUGAGCUUGUCUGUCACGAGGCAAGCGCUCACGCGAUGUGGUCGCGCUUUGUCGAUAAGCAAACCAAGAGAGAGUAUGCGAAUUACAUCUUUGCACGACAACUACUGUAUGCAAACAAGUAUACGCAUGACAGAAAUAUAAAUGAUUGGCUACGUGAGAUGGAACUUCAGCGGAAUGAGCUGCAACAUUACCAAAAAGUACUCUCUGAUGAAGAGUUCGCCGAGAUUAUUAUGAGCAAUGUGUUGCAGACACAUCGUGAGGUUGUUAGGCAAUUUUCUAAGCAUUACGACCCUGGGAUUCAGCGUUUGGCUCCGUCGUCGGCACAAGUGAUGAAUGCUCUUCGAGCAGAAUCGGAGUUGGAUGCCCGAAGUAACGAAACCCAACUACCCAAUAUUUGUGCUGCUCAACCUGCGAAGGAACCAAACAAACGGCUACAAAGACACUAUCAGCAACCCUGGAAAGAGAAGCGACGAGGGCGAAGUCAAUAUAAGGCCCAUGGCAGCAACCAUUACCAGAAGUCGGGUGGUGGUAGUGGCAAGGCUUUAACAGGAAAGAAGUAUUAUGGAGACAAUCGUGAAUGCUGGAACUGUCAUGUAAAGGGCCAUAUCCAGCGAGAUUGCACACGACCGAAGUACGCCAUAGAUGAUUCCAAGUCACAACUCCCGGAGCGUAAACGCUGGGAAAAUAGAAAGCAGAGUAAAGGCCAGUUUGGGAACAGAAGAGAAGUUGCCAUGCUCAAGUGA